CUACUGUAUGUGUUACAACAUAAAAGGAGGAUCUUGAGAGUCAGACAGCAUCCUGUCACAAGCAGUUGGCCGAGGAGGAACUACCUUUACAAUACGACAGUAUCUUUGCAGACAAGAAUCCAAAACAAAACCUCUUCUAGAAUGUCAAGCUCUUUGGUUGUGUGCGAGGUGGAUGAGAGUCUGAAAGAAAAACUGAAGAAGUUUUGAUUUCGAAAAGAGACCAACAAUGCAGCCAUCCUGAUGAAAAUUGACAUGGAGAAACAGCUUGUGAUCCUGGAGGAAGAGUAUGAGGACAUCUCCCUGGAUGACCUGAGGAAUGAACUUCCAGAGCAGCAGCCAAGAUUCAUUGUUUACAGCUACAAAUACAUCCAUACAGAUGGCAGGGUGUCCUACCCGCUGUGUUUCAUAUUCUCAAGUCCAGUGGGGUGCAAGCCUGAGCAGCAAAUGAUGUACGCAGGCAGCAAGAACCAACUGGUCUCCGCAGCAGAGCUCACAAAGGUUUUUGAGACGCGAAACAUAGAUGACUUGUCUGAAGAGUGGCUGAUAAACAAACUGUCUUUCUUUCGCUGAAUAGACACUUGUGUUCACGUUAGCAAAAGUGCAUGUAUUGAACAUACCAGUACAUUAACUUCAUUACUGGUUUACAAUAAAUUGCUUAUAGUGUCACUUA